GGGUAGAGAGACAGAGGGAGAUAGAAAAGAGAGACAGAGAAGAGAAAGGGAGAGAGGGAGAGACAGAGAUAGAGAAACAGAGGGAGAACAGAGACAGAGAGACAGAAACAGAGAGACAGAGAGGGAGAAGAGAGACACAGAGAUACAGAGACAGACAGAGACAGGGAGCAGAGAGACACAGAGACAGAGACAGAGAGACAGACAGAGACAGAGAAACAGCGCUCGGCCGCCCGCCCGCCCGGAAGGCGCGGCGCGGGGCGGGUGGCGCGGGCCGUCGGGCCGGGGCGGACUCCUCCCCGCGGUGCUCCCGGCUGUCCCCGGCCCGGGCCUGCCCCGGCUCCCGCCGUCUUCCUUCCGCUCGGGGCGCCGCUGCCGGAAGCGCUGGGGCAGCGGGACCGACAAACAGGAAAGGGUUAAGGGGCGGCCACCGCCGUGGAUGGGGGCUCCGAGGCGCUGUCACCCGCGCUCCUUCCGGCCGACCCGAGACCCAGCAGAAGGUGGCCAGCGGUGCGGCAGGAAAUGCAGAGCACCGCCAAUUACCUGUGGCACACAGGCGACCUGCUGGGCCAGGGGGCUACCGCCAGCGUGUACAAGGCCCGGAACAAGAAAUCCGGGGAGCUGGUUGCCGUGAAGGUCUUCAAUGCCGCCAGCUACCUGCGGCCCCACGAGGUGCAGGUGAGGGAGUUUGAGGUCCUGCGGAAGCUGAACCAUCAGAAUAUUGUCAAGCUCUUUGCCGUAGAGGAGACGGGAGCCAGCCACCAGAAGGUGCUGGUGAUGGAGUACUGCUCCAGCGGCAGCCUCCUGAACGUGCUGGAGAGCCCGGAACACGCCUUCGGGCUGCCCGAGGAGGAGUUCCUGGUGGUACUGCGCUGUGUGGUGGGCGGCAUGAACCACCUGAGGGAGAACGGCGUCGUGCACCGAGACAUCAAGCCUGGGAACAUCAUGCGGCUCGUGGGAGACCAGGGCCAGAGCAUCUACAAGCUGACGGACUUCGGGGCCGCCCGGGAGCUGGAGGACGACGAGAAGUUUGUCUCCGUCUACGGCACUGAGGAGUAUCUGCAUCCCGACAUUUACAAGCGGGCGGUGCUUCGCAAGCCGCAGCAGAAGGCCUUCGGGGUCUCUGUGGACCUCUGGAGCAUCGGCGUGACCCUGUACCACGCAGCCACAGGCAGCCUGCCCUUCGUGCCCUUUGGUGGGCCCCGGCGCAACAAGGAGACCAUGUACCGCAUCAUCACCCAGAAGCCCCCCGGAGCCAUUGCGGGCAUGCAGAGACAGGAGAACGGGCCCCUGGAGUGGAGCUACAGCCUCCCGGGCACCUGCCAGCUGUCCAUGGGGCUGCAGAACCAGCUGGUGCCCAUCUUGGCCAACAUCCUGGAGGUGGAGCAGGCCAAAUGCUGGGGCUUCGACCAGUUCUUUGCGGAGACCAGCGACAUCCUGCAGCGGGUCAUCGUCCACGUCUUCUCUCUGUCCCAGGCCCUCCUGCACCACAUCUUCGUCCACGCACACAACACGAUCUCCAUCUUCCAGGAGGGUGUGUGUGGGCAGACUGGCGUGGCACCGCAGGACCAGGAGUAUCUCUUUGAGGGUCACCUGUGUGUCCUUGAGCCCGGCCUCUCGGCCCAGCACAUUGCACACACGACAGCAAGCAACCCCUUGACCCUGUUCAGCAGUGCCAGUGAGAGCCCCCCCGCAGGACUUGCCUUCAGAGACCCUGCCCUGGAUGUCCCCAAGUUUGUCCCCAAAGUGGACCUGCAGUCAGAUUACAGUACAGCCAAGGGUAUACUGGGCGCUGGCCACCAGGCCCUCCGGCUGGCACGGACCCUGCUGGCCGGGCAGGAGCUAAUGCUUCGAGGGCUGUACUGGUUUGUGGAGAUGCUGCAGGCCACGGGCCGGAAAACCCUGGACGUCACGCAAACAGCCCUCCUCUUCCUCGGCAGCAGCCUGGGCACUGAGAGGUCCAGCAGUGCGGCUGGGGUGCCCGAGCUGCCGGAAGUGAAGAAGGCUGCAGAGCUUCGCUCCAGGCUGCAGACGCUGGCGGGGGUCCUCUCCAGGUGUUCCCACAGUGUCAGAGAGACCCAGCUGAGCCUCAGCGCCCUCAGCGCCCAGCUGGUGGAGAGCCGGGACCAGGUACAUUCGAACAAAAGCAUCCAGCAGAUUCAGUACUGUGUGGACAAGAUGUGCGUCAUCUACAAACAGUUCAAGAAAUCCAGACAGAGACCAGGGCUUGGCUACAAUGAAGAACAGAUUCACAAGCUGGAUAAAGUGAACUUUAGUCAUUUAGCCAAAAGGCUCCUGCAGGCGUUCCAGGAAGAGUGUGCUCAGAAGUAUCAGGCGUCUCUGGUCACGUACGGCAAGUGGCUGAGGGUGGUGCAUGAGACCAGGACCCACCUGCGCCUCAUUGGCUGCUCCGUGGCGGCCUGUAACACGGAAGCCCAGGGAGCACAGGAGAGCCUCAGCAAGAUCCUCGACCUGCUGUCUCACCAGCUCCUUCAGGAUCGGACCAGGAGUGCGCAGGCCUCGCCUCCCCUCACCGCUGCUUCUCCCAGUCCUAAGCCCGAGGGUCUGAUCCUCCACAUGCAGGAGCUCUGCGAGAGUAUGAAGCUGCUGGCCUUCGACCUCCAGGACAACAACCGCAUCAUCGAAAGGCUCAGCAGGGCCCCGCCGGCGCCUGGCCUCUGAGCGGAGCCGAGACCCAGCAGCAGCCCAAACACUGCGCACUCUUCAGCCCUCGCGGUGGGGCCAGCACUACCUCCCUCGGGCCGACUCCUGGGAGAUGGCCCCAGCCUUCCAGACCUUUCCGUGAACCGCUGUGCCGCGGAUGCCGGGCCACGGGGCAGAAGCUUUGGUGGGAGCCUGUCACCUGGCACGACCGCACGGCUGGCCCGAGGAUGAGGCUCUGCCAGGCCCUCAACGACCCCUCUGCUCCUCACGGGACAGAAGAGGCCCUCGAGGAGGCCCCCGGCGUGUCCCUGGUGCAGAGUCCUCGUCUCUCCCUCCUGAGGGGUUUCCUCCCCCGGGACCCAGGAGCAGGAGAAUUCCCUGCCUGUGGCUCAGAGGUGCUGCUCAGCCCAGGAAAUUCCAGAGCCCAGGUUCCCUCUGCUCCGAGUCAGGCGGGAGAGACUAAGAGGGGGAGACUGGGGGUGCCGGUGCCUGGGACCCCUUUCCUCCUCUGUCCCGGCGCCCCCGCUCUGGACCUGCAGCCGGUCUGGUCCCAGUAGCCCUGGCCUCUCGCAAGGGGUGACAGCCUGAGCAGCUGGGGACUGAAUCCUCAAGUGGAAUAAACAUGGCCUUCCUGCUGCCUGCCUCCCCCUCCCUCCCCGGCCCUCUCUGCUCCCUCUCCCCCUCCCUUCCCCCUCCCUCUCUCCCCGGCCCCCCUGCAGGCAGGAGGCAGGGCUCUGGGUAUACUGGAUCUCUGGCUGACUCGGGCACAGACAGACUGGGAAAUGGAGCUGGGAAGUUCCGGGGUGGGGG